AUGUCGUCCCCAAGCACCGGGCCGGUCAGGAGGUCAGAUCCGACAAGAGCAGACGGCACCAAUGGUUCGUCGAUAGCUUUGACAGUCACGACCCUCCUGAAGAAUAUGAUUGGCGCGGGCAUCUUCUCGCUGCCCAUCGGCCUCCGCUAUGCCAGUCCGCUCCCGGGCCUGGUGGUGUUGGGGAUCAUCGGCAUUCUCAGUGCUGGAUCCUAUUGGAUGGUUGGGUAUUCAUGCAUUACCUGCAAGGCAAAGUCGUUUAGAGAGCUUUGGAACAAACUUUUGAGCGCCAAAACUGCAUGGCUGAUCGAUGUUAUCAUCUUUCUGAAUGGCUGGAUUACGCUGGUUUGCUACAUUAUCUUGAUCGGCGACUUCAUGACCAAGUCGUUCCUUGGAUUGUUGGGUCCGGACCACCUGCUCACAAAGAGCCGGGUGCUAAAUCAAACUGUCAUCACAGCCAUGGUUUUGCUUCCUCUGUCUUCAGCAAGGGACCUGCACGUAUUGGCGUACACCUCCAUUCUCGGUCUCGGGGUUUUGGUCUAUGUUGUGAUCCUAGUCAUCCAUGACUCCUGGAUGAACUCCACCAGCAUCAGUCACGACACCCCGCUGUGCGAAUGGAAUAUGGGUAUUUUUGAGGCCAUCUCUCUCUACACGAAUGCUUUCGUCGCCCACUACAAUGCACCGAAGGUCUUUGCAGAACUGGCAAACCCAACUUACGAGCGCUGGACCCUCUUGGUAGCGAUUGCAUAUGGCAUCGCUUUCGUGGUAUAUGCUGAGUUCGCUUGGGCAGGUUUCCGACGUUUCGAGCACGAGGUCCAGGGCAACAUCCUAAAGAACUAUGGGCCCUACAUGCACGUGUUGAUCGCCUGGCUGGGUAUGGGUUUUUCCAUUGCCUUCACCUAUCCACUCGUCUUCAACUCGGCACGCGAGGCUGCCACACAUCUGCUUAGCAUGGCCCAAGAGCAGCUCCGGGCAACAUCUUGCGGCUCGGCGCUUUGCGAGGCCUUCAGCUCGCGAUUGCAGCAUCUCCAGGCCGCCUGGAACAGUGGGUGGCGCCGCUCACCCCGAAGCCCUCCAGCCAAGAAGAGGAGUCACCAGCCGGGCACGAAGACCACUUUCGCGCUGGUGUUCCUGACCUACAUCAUUGCCAUCCGCUGUGAAGAUGUGGGUGUGGCCAAUGCUCUGGCUGGUUCUGUGAUGGGAUGUUUGACCUGCUUCUUCCUCCCCGGUCUGCUCUUCUUCCUGACGGUGUCGGUGCAGCUCCGGAGCCGGGUGGGUCUGCCACAGCCGCUCCUGGGAAAAGGAGCUCCUAAACCUGGCCCUGCGCUGUACUGGAAGCUGCGCCUUGCCCAGGCUGCGGGCGCAGUCACCGCCUUUAGCGGCGUGCUGUUUACCAUCAUUGGUACAGACCGGACCUCAGAGUUUUUGGGAGUUAAGGUUUCGGGUCCAGUGAGCCCCCUGGACAUGUUGGCUUCCAGCCUCUCCGCUACCAUCUCGCCCUAUGCCGUGCCGCAGGGUGGAUUUCUCCUCUUCGCCAGCAGCAGUGCGCGUGGAAUGCCAGGGGGUCUGAUGUUGCGGCGGAUCACUUUCUACAACACCAUGCUUGGCAGCCAGCAGGUCGAGGAGCAGUACUUGAACUCCCGCUACCAGCGGGAAAAGAAGCCUCCUCCGCAGCAGCUCGCACUCAGUUCGGCUAUGAAGAAGGCAGCUCCCGUCCUUUGGCUGCACGGCUCAUUCCUCUGCGAGUUUGCGGACUGCUUCAUCAACAGUGCAGGCGGCGACUUGGUCCACCUGCUGCGGUCCUUCACGCUGGGCCUGGAGGGUGCGUGCAAAAGCAUCGGUGAAAGCCCUGCCGGCGGUCCACCCCUGUGGUCGACCGAGCAGCAGACGACCCUCUACAAUAUCACCGAGCUGUUUCAGAGGUCAGAGCCAUUGUUCAAGAAGUGGCAGCCACUUUGGACAGCAGAGGACAGGCUGAGGGAAGGCUUUUUAUCACGAAAUUGUAUCAAGGCUCUGCAAGGCUGCGUAAGAGUGACGGCAUUCAUGGCCCCUCACCACCCUCACCACCCUCACCACCCUCACCAACAACACAACAACCGCAACAGCAAGAAGUUCUUCUUCUUCUACUGCCCCUGCUGCUACUGCUGCUGCUACUACCGCAACUGCUACUGCUACCUGCUACCUGUUACUGUUACACGACGGCGCAGGCGACUGCUACCGCUAUCGGUUUUACUACAAUGGCGGUUGUUGAGCUUGCAUCGGGCUUCUCCGCACCCCUUCGAUUUCGGGGAGAGCCUGUUGAUUGCACACAGCCAGGAAGUCUGA